AUGCCUUUCGAAUUGCAGGUUGCCGACCCAGCCGAUGCGCCGAACCGCGCCGAGGUCUUCUUCGCCGCGUUCUCAGAUGACUUCAACAGGACAAUGUUUCCGGUCAACCCGGAUGUACAUGCUUGGAUGAUCAAGAACAUGCUUGGAGGCGACAAUUUCGCGCAACAUGAAGUCUUUCUCAAAGUGACAGAUUUGUCAAAUCCCGAGGUGCCCGUAGCGUUCGCGAAAUGGAGACGGCCACUGUCCUCAUCUGGUGCCGAUCAGGAAUCCCACCCCGAGACUCCUAUGCAGUGGCCCGUGAGCAGUGACAACGAGCUGUGCGAUCGGUUCUUUGGCAGAAUGGAUAGAGAUCAUGGAGAGCUGAUGAAGGACAGGCCUCAUUACUAUCUUGAAAUGCUGGCAGUCCACCCAUCCUAUCAGGGUCGCGGGCUUGCCUCCAAGCUAUUGAAAUGGGGUCUCUCUCGCGCCGACGAAGAGGGCGUAGAGGUGUAUCUCUCCAGCUCACCGGAUGGAAAACCACUAUACGAAAAAUAUGGCUUCCAGCUUCAAGAUGGUUCGUUCUCUCCGUUUCCUGGAUACACACAAGUCAACAUGAUACGCCCGAUCCAGAACUCUUGA